AUGCAAGUUAAAAACAAUUAUGAUAGUGGUAAAAAUUUAAUUCCUAGAGAAGCUGGAUGUCUUUUAAAAUCAUAAAAUUACACUUGUUUAGUUAUUAGAAAUAAUACAUUUUGUUAGAUUCAUUUAUCUGGACUUGGCUUGGCUGAUUGA